AUGGAGAAGAUCACCCGAAAGGUCGAAAAGGUGAGGGACGAGUUCGCCACAGAUGCCAGUAUUGCACGAGCUCGCGACUUCAUCGUCCAAGGCGCCCCAAAGCUGCCGUCCGCUGCGGGAGUCUACCUCCUCGAAAAGGUCCCCAUUGUCCAAUGGCUCCCUCGUUACAAUCCGAAAUGGCUCAUCACCGACUUCAUUGCCGGUCUGACUGUGGGCGUCAUGCUCAUCCCACAGUCCUUGGCCUACGCAAAGAUUGCAACUAUUCCCAUCGCCAACGGCUUAUACUCAAGUUGGCUGCCAGCUGCGUUUGCGGUCUUCAUGGGAACUUCAAAAGAUCUCUCCACCGGACCGACUUCCAUCUUGGGCCUUCUAACGGCUGAGAUCGUUCGUGACCUGAGUGAAGAAGGAUUCGAUAUCUCAGCAAUUGCCUCAUCCGUUGCCCUCAUGGUCGGAGUUUACUCACUCGUCAUCGGCCUCUUCGGCUUGGGCUUCCUCCUGGACUACGUCUCAUUCCCAGUCCUCACUGGAUUCAUCUCAGCCGCAGCUCUCGUCAUCGCCUUCGGUCAAGUUGGAUCUCUCGUCGGGUUGUCAAACGUGCCAUCCGGUGUUUUCAACGUCAUUGGCGAUGUCCUUCGUCGUCUACCAAAGUGGGACGGGGCAACUUGCGGAAUCGGAUUCGGAACCCUGCUCAUCCUCGUCAUCCUCGAGAAAGUUGGCAAGAAAUACGGCAAGAGACACUUUGCUAUCAAGCUCCUCGCCAACUCCAGGGCCGUCAUUGUCUUGGUCGUCUUCACCCUGAUCAGCUACCUCGUCAACCGCAAUCGCGAAAAAGCAGACUACGCUUGGAAGGUCAGCCAAGUCAGUACACACGGCAUCACCCAUCCCAUCGUACCCGCCUCGAACUUGGUCCAGAAAGUCGCUACCAGGGCCGUUGCCCCUCUUGUUGCCAGCACCCUCGAGCACUUGGCUGUCGGUAAGGCCUUUGGAAAGAAGAACAACUACCAGAUCGACCAGAGCCAGGAGUUCAACUACUUAGGUGUCGUCAACAUUGUCAAUAGUUUCUUCAGCACAAUGCCCGUCGGUGGUGCCAUGUCUCGAACUGCCGUUGCUUCCGAGUGCGGCGUGAAGAGCCCUCUGACCGGUGCGGUUACUGCUGCCUUCAUUCUCUUGACGCUAUAUGUAUUGUCUCCGGCCCUCUAUUGGCUUCCAUCUGCAACUUUAUCUGCCAUCAUUAUCAUGGCUGUUGUCCACCUCUUCGGUCCUUUGUCUCUGUUUUACAAGUUCUGGCGCAUCUCAUUCCCCGAUUUUGUUGCCUCGAUGGUCUCUUUCUGGGUUACCAUCUUUGUUUCGGCUGAGAUUGGUAUCGGUGUUGCUGUCGCAUGGAGUAUUGUCUGGACUCUGCUCCGCUCCACCUUUGUCAAACCCGAAAUCCACUCGAGCAGCGCAGAAACCGCCACCUCCAUCCCGCAGCCCAUCACUCGCAUCACCAGCGCUGGCGGCCGCCAAGUCACCGAUGAACGCAUGGAAAAUGCGCGCAUCUCCAUCCCGGGCGACACCAUCGUCGUCGCUUUUAAUGACGCCAUCUUCUUCCCCAACGCCGAGCGCGCAAAGACCUCGACGCUCACGGCUAUCAAGCUGGUGUACCCGCGCGUCGAGAGCAGUCUGAGUCAAGAUGACAGAGAACGACACUGGAGUGUUGCUGCGGAGAAACGUUUGGAGAGAUUGAGAGCGCAGAAGCAGAUUUGUCUCAAGGAGACACCGCUUACCGUCGUUGUGUGGGAUUUCACCAUGGUGCCGUUUAUCGAUACGUCUGGUAUUUUGACGCUGAAGGAGCUCAAGGAUGAGAUCAAGCUGCAUUCUGGCAAGGGCGUGCAGAUUCGAAUGGUUGGCAUGUCAGACAAGGUUCGGAGUCGAUUCGUAAGAGCCAAUUGGCAUUUGGUCAAUCUCGAAGAAUGGCGAGAGGAGGACGCAGACCUGGUGUACCCCACUAUGGAGACUGCAAUCUGGGAUCGUGAUGAUGGCUCUGGAGCGGAUGUGUUUAGUGAGAAGCAAGAUUAA